AUUGAUUGUUAGUCGGUGUUGUCCUGAGUUGUGUAUUGUGGUGAUUGCAGGUCCUGGUAUUUCGGAGGGAGUUCUCGAUCCUCUCGAUGAACCAGUUCUAAGAUUAUCAUCUGCGAGUCAACAUAUGAGUUCACGAUUUAGUACGAAAGAAUUGCUUCUAAAAAGGAAUACAGAAAAAGCGUGAGAGAGAAAAUUGAGCUGAUGAAUAUUGCAUGCAUUUCGCGCCGUUUAUUCUGCACGCGCUGUGGCUUUCGGAAACCUUCAUUUUCGAUAAGUACGAGGUUUUUGUAUACCAUAUUUUGUCCAAAAUCGCUAACUGGUGCACACAAAUUGAAUAAUGCUAGCAGUUUGAAGCGAAGCACCUAUCUGUUUUUGGUUAGGAAUCUUUCAAAAGCUGCUAAACGAGAACCAGCAAAGGUUCGGCAUGUUCGGUGGAAAGAUUUGCGCGAUAUUUUUGCACUUGCAUAUCCGUGCAGGAAACGAAUAUACACUGGUUUGUUGUUUUUGGUUAUCGGAAACGGCAUUGGCCUCGUCUUGCCCCGUAUAAUUUUCAUGUUUAUUGACAUCGAUGGUAACUGUGAAAAAGAAGAAAGCAUAAAGGAAAAUAAAACGGAUGACAAGAAUAUGUAUUUUAUUUUGGCCGCCAAGUAUCUUAGAGUACAUUACAUGGUAUUAUUCGGCCUUUUUUGCGUUGUUGCUGCCUCCUAUGGUAUCAGGCAUUAUUCUAUGCAUACUGCAGGUCAGAUCAUUAUCAAUAAUUUGAGACAGGCAGUGUUCAAAUCAGUUAUUCAUCAGGAUAUGAAUUUCUUUAGCAAAAAUAAAGUUGGCGAGAUUGUAAGCCGCCUUUCAACUGAUGCGUUAAUUGUGGGUCAAUCGGUUUCAUCAAAUUUAACUGUCGGCGCACGUGCUUUUAUGUCUUUCUUCGGUUCUGCUGCUAUUAUGGUAUAUACGUCGCGGGAGUUGUCUGAAGUAGUCACGUGCCUUACGGCGGCAAUCAUAACCUCAGGGUAUUGUUUCGGUAAUCUACAAAGGAAAUAUACGUUACAAAUGCAGGAAGCAGUUGCUGCAUCCAAUGAGGUUGCUACAGAAAAAUUUUCAAAUAUCGUAACAGUACGAACCUUGGUUUCUGAGUUGAAGGAAUGUGAAACGUACAAGAAAAGAAUUCAUCAGCUUUGGAUUGUUUCUCGUCGUGAAGGCCGUGCAGCAGGUUGCAUGAUAGCCCUGCACGAAAUUGCGAUACUUGCUUCUCUUUAUACAAUUGUAUAUUACGGUGGACAGUUAAUGAAUGUCGGGACAUUGAAAUAUGGUGAUCUUCUGGCAUUUAUUUGGUAUGCGAGUUUAUGCGCUAUUAGUCUUCCUGGAAUGGUCAACUUUUAUACAGAGCUUAUGAAAGGCCUAGGUGCCAGUGCGAGAUUAUUUGAGCUUCGUAACCGAGUUCCUGAAGUACCAGUAAGAGGUGGUCUAUUGAAAAAGAGUAUCACUAAUGGUAUUACUUUCAAAAACGUCAGUUUCGGUUACCCAAAUCGAUCGCUUUUGUUUACAGACCUUUCUUUUCACAUACCAGCUGGCAAAACCACUGCAGUAGUGGGAUCUUCUGGUUCUGGGAAAAGCACAAUUGCUAAUCUUAUACUAAGGUUGUUUGAUUCUAAUUCUGGGCAUAUUUUGAUCGAUAAUAUCGAUUUAAAAUCAAUAGAUCCAUCCUUCUGGCGACAACAAAUCGGCACUGUAGCACAGGAACCAAUUUUGUUUUCAACAACAAUAAGAAAUAAUAUCGUUUAUGGAUCAAAACAUCCGGAAUUAAUAAUGGAUGUUCAGUUGGAAGAGGCAUCAAGUCUAGCAAAUGCUUUAAAUUUUAUCAAAAAUCUUCCGGAUGGAUUUGAAACUAUCGUUGGUGAACACGGAACUUCAAUGCUUAGCGGUGGCCAACGUCAGAGAAUUGCAAUAGCUCGAGCGCUUAUCAAUGACCCAAUGAUGCUUAUCAUGGAUGAAGCAACAAGUGCUUUGGAUGCUACAAGUGAGGAUUUGGUCCGAAAAGCUAUCUUGAAGCUGAUUACAAAUAGUAAAAAGACUGUUCUUAUUAUCGCUCAUCGCCUUUCAACCAUCAAAUAUGCUGAUCAGAUUGUGGUUGUUAAUAACGGUAAAGUAGAAGAAAUUGGAACAUUUGAUGAAUUAAUGCUCAUCGAAGAUGGUGUUUUCAAAAAUUUGGUGGAGAAGCAAGCAAUUGGCUUCAGAUAACGGGUAGUCAUUAUGGCUCACUUUUGUUCGUUUUUCUGAGUGAGCAAGUCAUUUCUGAUGAGCGCAGACUCUUUGGUCUUUGUGUUUCUAAUGGUCUUAACCCAUGAUUAAUUAGAAUGAAAUGACAGAUUCCUUCAGAUUGAAAUUUCCAGACUCAUUUUUAAAUUGGAAUUUGUUUGCUUUUUGGAAACUUUCUCUUUGUUGACCCAAAUGCUUAAGUGACUUUAUCAGAUAAAGAAUUGGUUUCAGAGCAGUGCGGGUAAUUCAUGCGCCUAUUUCUGCCUCUCAAAGAUAGUUUAAAGUGGGUGAAGGUGAUCAUUUUUUUUUAUAACACCCAGCCAAUACUCCUGUAUUAUAAUUUUGAUUGAUUUAUCAGCUUUGUACCUUUCAUUCCUAUCCCAUGAAUUCGUUUGAAAAUCCUUGGUAUUGAUUUUAUACAAUAUUUGGUUCUCACUAUAUUCCAUGUUUUAAAGAGUUGUAUUCAUCUUUAAUGACAUCAUUUAUGAACAGUAGUAUGCAAGCAUUCGCGAUGGGGAAUUGCGGAAAUGGUGUUUGAACGGAUCAAAAUCAUCUGCUUUUUGAAGUUAGAGUUUUUAUUACAUUGACAAUGUUAAA